AUGGCUUCUACCAAAGCCUUUGCUGCUUUCUUCAUUGCCACCACGCUGCUCUUGGCGGAGCCAAGCCUAGGAAUCGCAAGCAAAGCCACUUUCUACAACCAAUACAAGCAUUAUAGCUUUGCAGCAGCGGCUCCAUCUAUUUACAGCAAUGGAGCCGCUUGCGGACGCUACUACUGCGUGAAAUGCACGAGCAAUGGCUGCAGGAACAGCAAUGUUAUCCGCGUGAAGAUCCUGGAUCUUUGCCCGGGCUGCCCAGGUGCCUUUGAUCUCUCCCAGCAGGCAUUUGCAAGAAUUGCAAACCCAGAUGCCGGUGUCAUCAACAUCGACUACUACCAGUAA